CACGCUGCUAAGGUCCGCCUCUGAUUGGUUGACAGGCCGGUGAUGGCUCCGCCCCUCGGAAGCUGCAGCUGAUAUUCUUGAAUUCUCCUCAGUGAAGGAAGAGAAACAACAGAAACCGACUAGUUUGGUCCACUUGCUUCGGACUGAAGCCUCACCAGCUUGUCCAGUUUCGUUUUUGCGUUGCAUUAAUUUCAAGCACUUUGUUUGAAGUUUUGUUUGGCAUACUUUUUUUUCUUCUUCUUCUCGCAUUAUCGAUUUGGUGCCGAGCUGAAAACCUGGACGGCAGGAACCUGAACGUGAAGAGAGCCGGUCCGGGUCACUGUGGGAUGACGCUACUGGACCUCAGCAAGACGCUCUGGUUCUUCUGACAGAUGAGUGACGAAAGCAGCAGCACCUCUUCCUCCCAGUUGGUGGAGGACUUCGAGGGGGAGCCGGACGAGGAGGUGGACAGCGAUGGAGGGAAGAACCAGACGGGACAGCGCGGCCCGACCGCGCUGUCCGGCUUCGCCUCUCUGCGUGCCGUCAUCCGCAUCAAGCAGAAGUACCAGGCCAUGAAGCUGCGGCGUCAGGAGAUGGCCCACAGCCUGGCGGCGGCGGGCAGCCUCGCCGGGGCUCCAGGCCGAACCAGCCCCAAAAUCUUCACCUUCGAGGUUCCUGCCUUUCCUUCUGUCCCUCAGAAGAAGAAGAGGAGGAGGAAGAGGCGAGUGCUGUUUCCCAACGGCGGGCCACGCAAAACGAUGCCCAAGCAGGAGCGCAGCCGGGCCAUGUACUGCCUCUACCUGCUGUUCGCUAUAGUCUUUGUCCAGGUGUACAACGCCAUAGAGAACCUGGACGACCACGUUCUCCGAUACGAUCUGGAAGGCUUGGAGAAGACUCUGAGGCGCGAGGUGUUUGGCCAGCAGGGGGCGGUGGAGGGCCUGGUGCACCACCUGAAAGACUACCUGUCCACAUACGUACACAACAAGCCGCUGGUGGUGUCCGUCCACGGGCCCAGCGGGGUGGGAAAGAGCCACCUGGGCCGCCUCCUGGCCGGACACUUCCGCUCGGUGGUGGGGGACACCCUGGUGCUGCAGUACUACGUGCUCCACCACUGCCCCCAGGAGGCGGAGGCCAUGCAGUGCGCGCGCAACCUCUCCUCUCUCAUCUCGGAGAUGGUGGAGAAGGCGGAGGAGGAGGAGAAGAUCCCGCUCUUCAUCUUCGACGAGGCCGAGCACAUGCACGUGGAGAUCCUGGACGUGCUGCUGCAGCUCGUCGCCUCCAAGCAGUCCAACGAAUACCUGAACGCCAUCUACCUGUUCCUCAGCAACCUGGGCCACACACACAUCACCAAACACAUGCUGCAGAACUCCUCCAGCAUUUCCUCCGGCCGUCACGGCAACCUGGUCAAGGAGCUGACUCCCAUUUUGCGCAACACGUUGGAGAAGCAUCACCCGCUGUGGACCGAGGCCGACAUCUUGCCCCUGGGACUUCUGGAGAAAGGCCACGUGAUGGAGUGCUUUUUGGAAGAAAUUACCCGAGAGGGCUUCUACCCAGACCACAGCAACAUCGAACGCCUCGCGGGGGAGAUCGAGUACUACCCUGUAGUCGCAGGGCGCGAAUAUUCCCAGUCGGGCUGCAAGCAAGUGGUGGCAAAGGUCAAUCUGCUCUGAAACGCUCUUGCGGGAAACCUUUGAAAAAAUGUUUUUCUUUUACAUUCCUUUUAUCCAUGAAGAACAAAAGUGGGAGGGGAGAGCAAGAGAGUGAUGAAAUCUGAAACUUGAAAAGGCAGAACUGAAAACCCAAAGUCAUCAGCAGGAGCCAGAGCUGGAGGUUUUCCAGACAGAUGGGAAAUAAAUCCUGUGAAAAUAUUCCAAACCCUCCUUACAGGGUCGGUCCACCCAAAUGACAUCACAUUAUUUAUUACUUACCACUGUUAGCAUCUCUUUCCAUUCAGUACAUUUACUGAACCAGGAUAUGGCUAAUUCAAAAAUAGACUUCAUGGAUAUCAAUUAAUAGGCUAAAUAUGACUUAAUGCAUACAUUACUAAGUCUAAUAAUUAAUGUUAUUAGAUUUACUUAGGGUUAUUAUUAUUAUUAUUCAUGCCAGUAUGAAAUUCUCAUGAGAUGAUUGAGUUUAUGUUAUUCAGGUAUUUACUGGACGUGCUGCAUAAUCUGCUUGCUUUUUGCUUUUAAACAGAAAAGCUGUUGCAGCUUAACUAUAAUAUUGAUAAUAUUAUGACAGAAAUAAUAAUCUUAUCUAUACCAUUAUUAUAAACAGAUUUAAGCAGUUUAAGAGCAACUUUCAAAGAGGCAUUCUUAUUAUGUAGAGUUUUAUACUUUUUUUAUUGUUCCUCUUCUUGGAGUCUAGGAAGCUAGCUAGCUGGCUAAUUAGCUAGGCCAUUUGCGCAGGUAGCUAGCUUGCUAACAACGCUAUUUUAGUAAAACUGAUAUGUAGCCCAGUUGAUAUGUAGUUGUAGCCUUUCUGUAGGCUACAACUACAGGAUGUUGUUUCAACCAGCUGACAGUAGAGUCUUGGUUAAAAUGAUACAGAACAUUUUAGUGGCUGUAACCAACAAAUGGUCAUAUUCUAACCUUUUAGCUAGCAUUACACUACAAAUCAAGUUAUUGUAUUUUCUUUUUUUUUUUUUUCUAAAUUUGAAUUUAUUUGAAUAAUUUCUUUCCAAGGUAUUUAUUUUCAUUCCUGCCAUUAUGUGACUUUUUCUGCACUGGUAGCUCCAACCAGAACCUCUUGUAUUUCGUUUGGUUUCAGUAUGAAGCUAACCAGCGCAACCUUUUGUCAUUAUAUUAAUCACAGAUGAAGGGAGGUCGAUAAGGGUGUGUAUUUGGGUCACGGUUGGUUUGAAUUUCCUUAAAAGUCUUCCAAGUUCACAAGAAAAGCUUUCAUCAGGAAACCACAUUUGCACAAUGCAAGGUGGGUGUGCUGGACUAAAAAAAGACAAAUGUACCUUCACAGCUGUAUUUAGACCUGAAUCAGUUAUUUAGAUUCUUUCUCAGAUCUAAAAUAACUGAGAGCGAAUUGGAUCAUAAGUAUUGUUGCUAGCAUGAGGUAACUUUGCUGCUGUUGCACAGAAAUUUCCCCCAAAUACUUUUCUAUUCUAUUAUGUCGGAAUCUCUUUGUAAACUUAAAAAGGUGAUGUUUGUAAAAUCGUAAAAUCUUUGGCAGAUUUUUAAAUGUUUAAGUUUGAAUUUAGAGCUGCACAUUUUUAAAACUGAGACCUCUGGUCUCCAGACGAUACCAGGACCCUUCUGGGACCCAUGUGGGUGGAUCUUAAAGUGCACACAAACUUGGUAUAAUGUCAAGAUUUUGUGAUGUAAAAAAAAGAUAACUUCAGGACUUUUUCUUCCUAUACUGUGAAAUGUGUGCUCUGCAAUUCAACAAAAAAAAAAAAAAAAAAAAAAAAAAAAGAAGCCAGGGGUGGAGAUUUAAAAAGAAAAAUGCAAACGCUUGGUUUUGUUAUUUAUAUAUGUAUUUUUGCUAUGUGUCUGUAAAUUGGGUGGACUAAUCCUUGAACCGAAGUAGGCAGCUCAAACAGAAAUGACUCCAUAAGGACUGAAGAACAUGCAUUACUUGAUGCUGCAUUACCACAAAAGGAAAGUGGAGCUUUUCUUCCAGGACCUACUAAACCACCAGGCUGAGACGUUUCUCAUUCGCUGAUCAUUAAAACCAAAAGUCCUGUUCUGUGAUAAGGUCCAGCCUGAACCCAUCAUGCAAAUCAUGCAGGAGAAGCAACAGAAGGACGCUCUUUAUUUCUGCCAGCAGUGACGUGACUUUUGCUCGCAUUCGAUCAUUUCUUUAAAACACGACCCGCGUUACAAGACCAGUUUAUUUAUUACACAUUCAAAAACGCUUUUAUGAUUCACGCCGAGUUUACAAUGGAGGGGCUGAACUCGGAGUCGGCACAGACCCACGCCAGCAGUCUAAAUGUUUUCGUGGAGUUGAGAGGUUGGAUUUUUUGUUGCUGUUGUUGUUCAGUCAUCUUCGUGUUAAUGUACCGUGUCAAUAAAAGUCAUUAAUACGCUUUAUAAA